AUGCAGGAGGAGGAGGAGGAGGAGGGCAGGUGUCUAUUUUGUUUACUUUAUACAUGGUACUUGGAUGCUUGUAUGAUGUACUUUAUCAAGAGAGUUGUGUCCAGAACUGUGGAAAUGGAACUUGACCUUGUGCUGAAGUUCCACUUGGUUGCAAGUAGGGAACUCAUUCAUACAUAUGUACAUAUUUACAAUCAAGCUCAUCUUGUACUGCUCAACUUUAUGGGUUUGAUGAGCCUGCCAAAACAAGUCACCAGCCAUGCAGCUAUUAUACUUCCCCCAAGUCCCUCUAGCUGUGUCCUUUUCAAAAUCCAGUGCAACUGGCAGCAUUUCAGAGUUAGUGCCACUUACAUACAGUUUAUGAACCACAGCCCUGGCAGAGAUGAGGAAGCUUUCUUCCAAGCCUUCACCAACCAGGCCAUCAACUCCAUCCACCAUUUCCUCAUUGACAUCUACUGUUUCCUCCACAUCAACAUUUUCACCCUCCAUCAUGUUCUCUUGUUCUGA